AGUAGCCUUUUUGUUUUGAUAUGAUUAAGAAGAUGGCUAGAUUGAGCUCUGUUUUUUCUUAAACUCAUAAAUCACUUGUUUUUACAUGGAUUUUUUUUACUUAAUCCGGUUUCUUUGUGGUAAUUUAUAUUGGGAUUUUUUAAUAUGUGUUUAAGUGAAGGUCAGAUGGAUGAUUUCAUUCAUUUAUGUGAAUAGAUUUUGAUAAUCGAAAGUAAAAACCUGUAAUGCAUAUGGAAGUGAUUAUAUUAUUGUUCAUGCUUGUGAUUUUCUUUUCAGAAAGUUUUGGACUUUUAGAUUCUCUGCCUGCUUUAAACUCAAAGAUUCGAUUUUUUGUUUUGAUAAGCCUAAUAAGAUGCAGACUUUCAAGAUUGUGUUGAUCACUGAAUCUUAUGUCACUGUUCGUGGUUAUAAUCGCUAUGUAAUCAUGUUCUGGUUGUGGGUUUGCACCAUUUUAUUCAGAAUGUUUGUGGAUAAUGAGAUAACUGACAGAUGGAAACGUAGAAGUUAGUUCUCUCAUAGUUGUUUUCAAGGUUGAAGGAUAUGUGUUAAGCUGGGGACUGUAGUACUUUGGAUCGAGAGCUUUAUAUCCAUGAAAAGCUUUUGCAUUUGACACUGUUAGUUGAGAGUAGAGCUAUCAUUUUGUUUCCCUGCUUGAUAUAUUUAAUUUGGCAUUUAUGGAUUUUAUUAAGAAAAACUGUCGGUAACUUCAAAGGAUGAUUAUAUUUUGUAUUGAAAUUCUUUGCUUUGGAUGCCCAUACUUGCUUUAAAGUUUACACUUCAACUCAUGAGGCCAAGACCUGAUAGGAGUUGGCAGAAUUUCUUCUUUGAAAAGAAUUCAUAAAUUUUUACAACUUCAAGUCAUGAGUUAACUCAUACACUAAUUGAGACCAUCAUGGUUGGUGGAUGGUAACAGAUUUGCAACAAAAAUCAAGAGUGCAUCUGGGACAUGCGAUCUGGAAAGAGUUAAAUGGAAAAGCAAUCCAAGUAAAGCUUGUCCAAAUUGCCAUUUUGUUAUUGACAACAGUGAUGAUUUAAGCUAUUGGAAAACAGGGGACAAGCCAAUGGUCUUGAGGUCAAAUGGCUUAGGCCUUGAUAAUAAAAGGAGGCAGUUUUAGUGUUGGUUCAAAACCUGUCUAGUGGUUCAGGGGGUGGAGGGGGUGUGGUGUUGAGGGCUACAACGUGAUGCUUGGCCUAGCCAUACAAUUAGAAAAGAAGAAAAUGGUGCUCAACAGCUUAUGAAAGUUGCUCAAGGGUGGCCAGGAUUACCAAGAGGGGUGAAAUUUGAUCCAUCUGAUCAGGAAAUUAUAUGGCAUUUACUUGCAAAAGUUGGUGUUCAGGGCUUUAAAACCCAUCCAUUUAUUGAUGAGUUCAUUCUGACUCUUGAGCAAGAUGAUGGAAUCUGCUAUACACAUCCUCAAAAUUUGCCAGGUGUUAAGCAAGAUGGAAGUGUGUCUCAUUUCUUUCAUAGAGCAAGCAAGGCUUAUAGUACUGGAACUCGAAAACGCCGAAAGAUAUAUGGCGAUGAUUUUGGUGAUGUCCGCUGGCACAAGACUGGUAAAACUAAACCAGUAAUUUUGAAUGGAGUUCAGAGAGGAUGUAAGAAGAUUAUGGUUCUUUAUAUGAGCACGGUAAGAGGAGGAAAGGCUGAAAAAACAAAUUGGGUGAUGCACCAAUAUCAUCUGGGAAAAGGGGAAGAUGAGAAUGAUGGAGAAUAUGUUGUAUCUAAAAUACUAUAUCAGCAACAAGCAGCCAAACAGGGUGAUCAAAGCGAACAAGAAUUUCCUGAAAGCACUGAUGCCAUAAUUGCAAAAUUAAAUCCUGUCACUCCAAAAUCGGUGACUCCUGACCCACCAAGUUCUGAAAGGCAGUAUUCUGAUUUGGACAUUGGACAAGAGUCUACUAAUACUACUACUUCCACAGAUCAAUUAACUCAGCUCCCUGGCAUGAGGCAUGUCAAGGAAGAGGUUGAACCUGAAUGUGAACAGCUUAAUUACAACUCUCAGUGCAAAGCAGAAUGGAAUGCUAAUCAGAUUGUAGAUAAUAAUGAUAAUAAUCUUUCUGAAGGAGAGCAUAAAUUAACUGAGAGUGAAUUACAGUUGUUGGAUUCACAACAACUUGCAGAAGGGCUAUCUCUAUGUGUUGACCUCUUACACAGCCAAUCUUCUACUAGGGAUGAAAAUGAGAAUGAUGGAAGGUCCACUGGAAAGCCCUGUCUUUCCGAUUAUGCUCAAUUAGGACCAGAAAUUUUGAAGAAGGAUUUGGAGGAAUGUCAAAAUCUGGUCCUUGAUCUAGCUAACAUAGAAAUUGAUACACCUCCAGAUUGUCAGUUGAGCCAACUUGAUUUCUGUUCCCAGGAUAGCUUCCUUGCAUUUGGUGAAAGUAAGGCAAAUGAAUACAAAUGAAUGCUUAAAUGCCCUCAGGUGACCAUGAGCUUCAUUAUUUUGCUAGACACCUGCAGUAUGAAGUGUGGUUGCCUUUUUUUUCCUUUAUUCCUAGUAUCGUUUUCUGCGGAAGUAGAUUUAUACAUAACUUCUGUUGUAAUUUUACCAUAUCGGAGACCAUCAAAAUUAUAAAAGCCAAACAAUGUAUAUCUGAUAACUAGCUACUGUAAUGUUGCAUAUUUUCUGGAA